GUUGGCGGUGCCGUGUCAUGGAGGCUCAGUCUCAGAGCAGCCAUUGAAGGGGAAGGAACUGCGGGGGUGUGUGGGUGUGUGUGUGUGUGUGUGUGUGUGUGUGUGUGUGUGUGUGUGUGUGUGUGUGUGUGUGUGUGUAUGUGUGUGCGCGCGCGCGUGUGUGUGUGCGUGUGAGUGCGCGCGAGUGUGUGGACAAGGAGGUGGGGGCAGUCGAGUUAGAGUCCCAACUCCUUGGACUCCAUUUGCUAUUCUCUUCUUUCUUCCCCACACCUAUUUGGUGGUGGUGGGCGUUUAUAUUUGCUUUUCUUUUCAUUCAUUUACAAAUCUUUUAAAAUUAAGGGUUGGGGGUAGUGGGAAAGGCAGGAAAGGGUAAGGGAAGGGAGUAGCCGCAGAAGAGCAGGAGGAGGACAUGGAGAUGAAGAAGAGGAUUAACCUGGAGUUAAGGAACAGAGCCCCGGAGGAGGUGACAGAAUUAGUCCUUGAUAAUUGCCUAUGUGUCAAUGGGGAAAUUGAGGGCCUGAAUGAUACUUUUAAAAAACUAGAGUUUCUGAGUAUGGCUAAUGUGGAACUAAGUUCACUGGCUCGGCUGCCCAGCUUAAAUAAACUUCGAAAGUUGGAACUCAGUGACAAUAUAAUUUCGGGAGGCUUGGAAGUCCUGGCAGAGAAAUGUCCAAAUCUUACCUACCUCAAUCUGAGUGGAAACAAAAUCAAAGAUCUCAGUACAGUAGAAGCUCUGCAAAAUCUUAAAAAUUUGAAAAGCCUUGACUUGUUUAACUGUGAGAUCACAAACCUGGAGGAUUACAGAGAAAGUAUUUUCGAACUGCUGCAGCAAAUCACUUACCUAGAUGGAUUUGACCAGGAUGAUAACGAGGCACCGGACUCAGAAGAAGAGGAUGAUGAAGACGGAGAUGAAGAUGAUGAAGACGAAGAGGAAGAUGAAGCUGGUCCACCAGAAGGCUAUGAGGAGGAGGAGGAGGACGAGGAGGAGGAGGAAGAGGAGGAGGAGGAGGAGGAGGAGGAGGAGGAGGAGGAGGAGGCAGGCUCAGAACUGGGAGAGGGAGAAGAGGAAGUGGGCCUCUCCUACUUAAUGAAAGAAGAAAUCCAGGAUGAAGAAGAUGAUGAUGACUAUGUUGAAGAAGGGGAAGAAGAGGAAGAAGAUGAAGAAGAAGGCCUUCGAGGGGAAAAAAGGAAACGAGAUGCUGAAGACGAUGGAGAUGAAGACGACUAGAUCAUUCUAAGACCAGAUUCCCUAAAGUUCCUGGGUGUGCAAUAGAGUGAUCACAUCUUCUUUGUUUCUUCAUGUACCAUAGUGAACCCUACGGAAAACAACCUGUAACUUUUAUAGGAAAAGUGUGGUUUUACUAUUUUUGCCUUAUCAUUCCAAAUAAGAUUUACUAGUCUGUUAAUAAUCAUACUGUAUGUAGAGAAAACAUUUUCAUUGACCCCGUUGUGAAAUUCCCUAGCAAUUUAUUUAGAAUCUUCAUUUUUCUCAUUCAAACUCAUUGUAUUAGUUAUUUUUAGCCCAUAAUUAAAACAUGAUCACUUUUACACAGGCGUAGUUUGGUGCAUUUCAUUCAUAAGGUUUUAAAGUUAUUUAUAGUUAAUGGAAAUCACGAUCAGCUGGAAUAUGAAAUGAAGUCUCUUGAAUGAGAAGUUGGUUAUUUUUUUAGAGGUGACCCAGAGAUCUUUAGUUUGAAGGCAAUGACUUUUUUUUUUUUUUUUUUUUUUGGCUAAGGGUAUUUGGAUGCUUUUUUGUCACUUGAGUAGCUUGGAAAGUAGGAGCAGAAUAGUAAAGGUUCUACUCAACAAUAUAGUUCAUAGCUUUUGUAGAGGCUUCUGAAAACUUUUAAAGUCAGGUGACUAAUACGAUUUUCUUUUUGAAGUUCAGAGAGAUGUGUUCAGAGACAUGCAGGUGAGCCCUUUCUUUUUCAAGCUGAAGAUUACAACAUACUAGUAGGUUGGUUAUUUUGUUUUUAAAUGUGCAUUCUUUAUUUUCCUCCCAGCAAUUCCUUUAUAAUCACUUUCAUUUCUCUUUUCACUCCUCUCCCUCUAUCUCAAAAAAAAGUUGGGAAACUCAUGUGAUACCCAGGAAAACUUUUAGUCUUUUAUACCUCAACCACCUUUUCAGACUGUCUCAGUUUUAAACAAGCUAAGUGAAAGAAAUUCAGUAUUUUCUGAGAUAUGAAUAUUAUUACCAGUACAUUUGUAUGCAACAGAUUCUGCUUACUGUAAAUCAUUUUUGAUUGACAAGAUGUACAGACCGUAUUAUUAGGAUGCAGAAAGAAAAGUAGAGGAGGCUUUCAGAAGCAGAAUUAAUAUUCCUCAAAAGUCAGAACUAUUGCCUGUUGAUAAUUAAUGAGACAUUCAAGUCAAAUUUUCAAGUUAGCUUUCCAAACGAUUUGGAUACCACACUGCAAAGUAUUUCUAAUUUUUCUGAGUAGAACCUUUCAUUAUUCUUCUUAUAGUUUUAAGGUAUUACCAGAUAUAGCUUUUAAUUGGAAUAUACUGGGCAGUUGGAAACAUAUUUGAAACUAAAUCAGUAUUCAAGAUUAAGAUUUAUUUUCAAGUGGAUGUCCAUUAAAAAUCAAAAAUAUUUCAGGACGAAUGUGUGUUUCUAUAUAUGGCUACUAAAUAUAAUAACAAUAGAAAAGUACAUCCCCUUUUUGUUUUGGAGGCUCCACGGUCAAGGCAAUUGCUUUUGAAAUCUUGGCUAUCCAAAUGUUUUUCUGCUUUGUUUUGGAUAUCUGUAAGUUUUUGUAAAGUUAGCAUUCAGCAAAUUAAUUGAAGUUACUGGGACACAUUUAAAUUACUGAGUAAAGAACUUCUUUUUUAGUUUCAAAUGUAUGACUUUGGGUUUUAGAGUAAAAACUACAAAGUUAUUUGUGGGUAAACUAAAAACAUUGCACAAGUGACUGAAAUAAAACUCUUGGAAUAAGUUUUGAGGGGGGGAUUGGAAUCUCCAAAAGGCUAACAUUUUACUCCUUUUUAACAUUUGAAAUACCCUGUUGUAGUCCCUAAGAAUUCUCAUCACAGAGUAUAUGCCAGACUAUAAAAUACUUAUUUUUAAAAUGAAAUCUAUAUACUGACUUUAUCAAUCGUCUUAUUGUGCAAUCAAAAUUAGAGUUCUUUGGUUUGAAAACAACAUUUAGAGCCUCCAAAUGACUUUUUUAAGACUUAUUUAGCUUUGUGGGUGGUAUUUUCAUGCAAAUAAGUAAGGGUGGGUUUUAUAUUUUGUAGAAGUUUUUGGUCCUAUUUUAAUGCUCUUUGUAUGGCAGUAUGUAUAUAGUGUGUUAAAUUCCUCAAAACUGUCCUUAAAAAACUUUGAAGUUAAUACUUUUGUGCAACUGUGUUUUGAAUAAAGCCAUGACAGUGUUAAAAAACAAAAAAAUGCAGCACUCCUGAUUAUUUUGUUUCUGACUGUUCCCUGUUUUUUUUUCUUCUUCUGUGACUGCUGUAACUUAAAAGUUUUUGAAAUUGAAUUGCUUCAAAUAAAUGGAAGAUUUGUUAAUA